UUUUUUUUUUUUUUUUAAAGAUUAUGUAACCGUAAACCAUUUUCUUAUUUUGCUUGGACUUACCAAGGUGGAGUUCAUAGGUUGGUGAAAUAUUAUGGUAAUGUCAGACUUCGAACUUUUUAUAUAUACAACUGAUGAAAAUUUGAUAUGAUAGAUAUUUUUACACAAUAAAGUUUUAAUGUAUAUAAUAACUUCUCGACCAUUGACUCGUCCUUGAAAACAGUACUGUCUGAUAAACAAUAUUUCAGCAUUAAAUUUUUAAUUAAAGCUAAAUAUAAGAUUGAAAGAUUGCAAAUUAAGAACUUAUUAAUAAAGAAGUAAACAAAACAUAUCAAGUUAUUAAGUUCAAAAUAUAUAUAAAAUCGUAAAAUUAAAUGGAAUUGAACACAAACAGACUGUUUUAUAUAAAUAAAUAUAUAUAUAUCCCAUUAUAUCUCAUUUAAAUUGAAACAAUAAAAUCGGGCUCGAAAUUCAUUAAAUGCGAAGGAACACGCCGAAGUGAAAAGAAAAUGGCAAACAUGAACAUGUGUACCGUUUCUUUCAUUCUUAUCAUCAUGCUGUUUGCUCGCAUGCAUGGCAAGCCUUUGGACUCUAUUUGUGAUAGUGCUGGAAAAUGCAUGUGGAAUGGUGGAGGAUGGUACGGGGGCUGUAUUGAUGACAUCCCCAUCCUUUACUUUGAUCGCUUCGACGGCGAUGGACUCUUGGAUCUCCGAGACUGUUCAGUACAAGUUGUGGUGAUUGAAAUUACACCAUUAAGGUGUAAGGACCUGAAUCAGCAUGUUGUUACAGAUAGUGGAGUGACAUUUUAUUUGGGAGAGGCAAAAACCGAAUGUCAUGUUUCUCCCUCCACCGAGGUCCCUCAUCAGACUACUCUUCAAAGCAUUGACAACAGUGAGCAUGCCUCUGACACUUUCCCUCCCACUACAACUGGAAGCGCAAGGAAUAGUAAGCAUCCCUCUACCUCCCCAGCCAUUGCCAGCCAUGCCAUCACCUUUGAGAGCACACAGAUUAGGGAGCAUGUUUCUUCUUCCUCCUCUGAAAUUCUCCAUCCGACCACCCUGCAGAGCAUAAGCAGCAGUGAGAGUGAAAAUGGGAACGACUUCACUAAUGGAAGGACCUUCACCAUCAUUAUAAGUAAAUAUUUGGGUUAAAUGUUUUUUAUUUACCUUUAUACAAUUAGGUAAUCAAGUAACUACAUAAGAAAGUCUUCAUUAUAUUUCAGCAGUGUGUAUUUACCAAUCAGGUUUGGCAUUUUUAUCCUGCCUGAGUUUAGCUGUGUAUGCUUUAUACAGACGCUUAACUUACAAUAGCAUGUGGAGGGGGAUAACUGGUUAAAUGUUUUUUAUUUAACUUUAUACAAUUAGGUAAACAAAUAGCUACAUAAGAAAGUCUUCAUUAUAUUUCAGCUGUGUCUAUUUGCCUGUCAGCUUUGGCAUUUUUAUCCUGCCUGAGUUUAGCCGCGUAUGCUUUAUACAGACGCUUUACUUACAAUAGCAUGUGGAGGGAGAUAACUGCAAAUCUUCAUACUGAAGAAAUACUUGAUGAAAAUCUGUGAACUUUAUUUUAAAUACACAGCUUUAUAUGUGCUGUUUUUUUGCUUGUAGGUGUAGCUGGCUUCCUAACAUUUAUUUGCAAUCAAAUCAUUAUUAUUAAGAGGAAAGUAACAGAGAUAUAUGAUAUUUUCAAACACAUUUAUAUUCAACUGAAGAUUUUUGUGAAAAAAGUAUUUGAAGUUAAGCAGUCAAGUAAAAAGAAAUUGAAAAAUAAGUCUACUCAGCCAAUAAAUCAGAAAAUAUUACCCCCAAGAACUAGAAAAAGAACACAACGUUUUGGCAUCGACUAUAGUGUGUACUAAUGGAAAUCUGUCAAGUACUUAAGGAGAUUCUACACAUUAGAUUUUAUAUGAAUAAUUUGAUCAUGGAAAAAGAACUGAACUUGAUCUAGGAAUGGAUAUAAAUUCAAAAUGCAUCAAAUUUAUAGCCAAAUAUUAUUUUUGUUAAGUAAGUACAUUUUAUCUAAAUGUCAUUUCAUCUGAAAUUCUCCCUGCAUUCAAUUACAAUAAUUGUAUAUUUCAAUUUUCAAACAUCACAUUUUAACAAUUUAUCAUAUUAAACCAUGAUGUAUAGAGUCACCUUAAUGUAUGGCUAAGUGUACCUCUUGUGGUUGAGGAAAC